AAAAGAAAAAAAACAAACCCGCAUGCAUCGGGCACGGCGAGAAUCCCGCCCCAAACCGCAGAGUUUUCUCUCAGAUGCCCGGUCCGCUGACGUAUCUGGCGGAUUGCCUCCGCCGCGUGCGUGUGGGGAACGGGAGGGUUUUUUGUCGCAUAGCGGGGAGCGUUUGUCGACCAGUCAGUUAAAGGCCAGCGGCGGGUAGGUCUGCAACCCUCCUCUAAAACUUCCGGCCGCCUGCCCUCCGUACCGUACGGCAAACUCUAAAUCCUGACCUCGGAAGCCGCACUAAGAGAGGUUAUCGGCCACAUCUUCAUCCACACCAUCGCCGAGAAAGAGGAAAAGUAACAAAUCUUCCACGACACGAAAACAGAUAUUAAAUUUGGUUGCCUCGCCUUAGCGGGAAAUCACUGUAGAGAUUCUGAUGCGACCGACGAGCGGGCGAGCAGAGGGCCAGAGCGUCAGCGGUGGAAGUGGGUUCGACGGUGUGCUGAGAUGGUCGUUCUAUCUUCCGUCUUGGGAGGAGGAGGAGACGGGCGCGCCCGCACAAAGCCUCGCCUCGCUCGCGCACGCGCUCCUCCCACCGUCCGAACAGACCCGGAUCAAUAGCUACCGAUUCGCGCGGGACGGCAUGCGGGCGUUGGUUGGGCAGUUGCUGGCGCGAGCGGCCAUCGUGGCGCUGUUAGCCGCGCAGGAUGCGUUCCCUGUGCCCGCACCGCUCGAUCGCAUCUGGUAUGCGAUCCGAAUCGAGAGGGAUGAGCAUGGAAAGCCGUUUUUGUCCUCCCCACGAAUCCCAUUCCUCCACUUCAACAUCUCCCACCACGGCGACUGGGUGGUGGUGGCGGCCGGGUUCGCCAAGCAACUCGGGGUAGACGUGGCGUCGGUCGAGGCCUCAUCGUUGUCCGCCGACGAGCACCUUCGGGUGUUUGGCGAACUGUUCACGAACCGGGAGUGGGAGUACGUUUACGGUGGUGGUGCGCCCGGCUCACGGACGCCGCCGCAAGGGGGCUAUGGCGAGGGCAAGGAGGAGCAGAUAUACGCAUUGCGGCGGUUCGCGCAACUGUGGGCGCUUAAGGAGAGCUACGUCAAGGCCGUCGGGGUGGGUCUGCCGCUCGAUCUCGGGCGCGUGGAGGUGCGGUUCGACUCGGACGGCUGCGGUGGUGGUCAUCAUCAUCACGCCGCACACGGACAGGGACACGCACUCUCGAGCCCACGAACACAAGGAUGCAGCGGUGGCCAAUGCGGGUGCAAGGGGAUCCGGGUAGCGCUGGACACAACGGGGGUGGAACCGCAGCGGCAGGCCGUGGCGGAUGGGAACUACAGUUUCAGCCUGGACGAGCUGGAUGCGCAGCAUCCCGUGGCGUGUUGCGUCGUCAGCGCCAGUCCGGAGGUGUUGAGAGGGUUUCCAUGGUGCGAUGCCGAUGCAGAUCAGGAUGAGGAUGAUGAUGGUGGGGAUGAUGGGUGUAAGACGGCGCAGAUGGAGAAUAUGCUCGUGGAUGGCAGGGAUCUGUCGAGAGAGCAUCGGCAUGGACGGUUUCGGAGCAUCCAGUGGGCGGAGUUGGCUUUGCGCGUACGGAGCGCCGGGGGGAAGAUGCCUUAAGGAGAGUGUGUUUUUGCACGCUCUCUUGUAAAUAAACACGUACAUAUCCCUUUCCCUGCGUAUGCUCGCGGCAGAAUCCUUUUUCCAGCUCUGUUCAGUCCUCUGCCCAUC